AUGAACCACGAUGCAAACCUCCCCGUCCCCGCCGCGGAGGGUCUGCCGCCCCUCCGCUACGAACGCUACGACAGCGCGCGCGAAGACGAAUACGUCGGCGCCAUGCGCCAACUAAUCUCCAAAGAUCUCUCGGAGCCCUACAGCAUCUACGUGUACCGCUAUUUCCUGUACCAAUGGGGCGAGCUCUGUUUCAUGGCGAUGGACGACACGCGCCCGGCCGAGCCGAUGGUCGGCGUCGUCGUGUCGAAGCUGGAGCCGCAUCGGGCCGGGCCCCUGCGCGGAUACAUCGCCAUGCUGGCCGUGCGCGAGGAAUAUCGCGGGCGCGGGAUCGCCACGAAGCUGGUGCGCAUGGCUAUUGAUGCGAUGAUUGAGCGGGGGGCUGAUGAGAUCGCGCUCGAGACGGAAAUCACCAACACGGCGGCUAUCAAGCUCUACGAGCGUCUGGGCUUUCUGCGCAGUAAGCGGCUGCAUCGGUACUACCUGAAUGGGAACUCGGCGUACCGGCUGGUGCUGUAUCUCAAGGAGGGCGUAGGGUCGAUACGCACCGCAGACCCCUAUGCUGCUCCUGCGGAUGCUCGCCCCGACAUGCAUGGCCCCAUUGCUGCACCGGCCCCGGCGAUGCUGCAUGGCAAUGGCGGAGGCGUGAUCUAA